GAUGCGGUCGAGAUUGCACUUUUGAUUUUACUCAACCAGCACCAGCACUACAGCAUGCAGCUCUCGCUCGGUCUGCUUCUCGCGGUGACCGCCACUGUCGUCAACGCCGAUGCCGCGUGCGAGAAGGCCUGCACCAAGGACAUGAAGCCCGUCUGCGGCUCGGAUGGUGUCACCUACAACAACGAGUGCCUCCUCCAGAACGCGCAGUGCACCAACGCGACCAUGACCGCGGUGCCGUGCGGCAACAAGGCCUGCGCGAUGCUCUGCGACAAGAUGUACGCGCCGGUCUGCGGCAGCGACAACAACACGUACAACUCCGAGUGCGAGCUCAAGAACAAGGCGUGCAACAACCCGACGCUCAAAGUCGCCAAGAAGGGCGAGUGCGACCUCUGCCCCAAGGUCUGCAACGACGUGCUCGACGAAGUCUGCGGCUCGGACGGCAAGACGUACAACAACAACUGCGAACUCCUCAAGGCCGCGUGCGCCAAGCCGUCCGAGAAGCUCACGGUCGUGUCGACGGGUGCGUGCAACGCCACGAGUGCGCCGACGACGGGCUCGACCACGACCAAGGCGCCGACGACCGCGCCGACGACCGCGCCGACCAAGGCACCGACGCCUGCGCCGUCGUCGGCGUCCAUCGCGUCCGUCUCGGCAUUCGCGCUUGCUGCGGUGGCCGUCCUCGCCAACUACAUGGUCUAAGGGAGUUGUGCUACGUUGCCGCAGAACUGUUGCGAAAUCUCUCUAAUAUGUCGUUCUUCUAUCCA